AACACCUGGAGGUAGAAUUGCAAAAACGUUUUUAAAGAAAGAAAUAGGAAAUAUGUAACCCACAAAAGCAGUCCACGAAUGAUGGGAGGAACUGGGAGGACUCUGGGGAGGCCUAAGGACUCUGCCUCCACAGGUGUCAGAAUGUUGAGCUGGGCCCAGAAGGUGCUGCCUCAGCCCCCGGAGGCCCGUCGGAAGACCAAGACAGAGGAGGAGGAGGGAGCAGAACCAGAGCGGGAGCCAGAGACCGAAACAGCCCUUGAAGAGACUGUCCUAGAGGAAGAGUCCCUGCCACCUGAGGAGCCCUGUGUCGGGGAGGAAGUGGCUGCUCCAGGCCCUCAGGAAACCCAGGAGGCUGCCCCUUCUCCACCUACAUCCCUCCAGGCCCAAGUCACUGUGGUUCCUGAAGUGAACAGUGGUCCCAGCGGCUGGGUGCCAACCUGGCUCAGGAAGGGCCUGGAGAAGGUUGUCCCACAGCCCAUCCACAGUGACAGGACUGCCCAGAGCACUGCUGCUGGCUUGGAGGGUGCAGCUCAGGCAGGAGCACAGAUCCUUGGGCAUUGCAGCACUAGGGGCUCAGAUGGACCCAAUGAGGCCCCCAGGGCCCAGGACACCGGGUCUGGGUCCUGGCUGCUCAGGUGGCUUGAGCAGAAUGUGGAAAAAGUGCUGCCUCAGCCCCCGAAAAUGUCUGAGGGCUGGAGAGACGAGCCUGUGGAUGCUGCCUUGGGUCCAGAGCCCCCAGGACCCUCCUUGGGAACCAAGCCCGAGCCUGUGCUGCAGGCCCAGGAGAGCCCCUCCCUGCCUGCUCCCGACCCCCCAGAGCCCAAGGAGGAGCCGACUCCAGACCCCCUGCCCAGCAUCCAGACCUCCUCCCUGCCACCCGCCCAGGACUCUGCCAGGUUGGUGGCAUGGCUCCUGCACAGGCUGGAGAUGGCCCUGCCGCAGCCAGUGCUCCAUGGGAAGGCUGGGGAGCAGGAGCCUGACACCCCUGUGAUGUGUGACGUGCAGACCAUCAGCAUCCUCCCUGAAGGGCAGGAGGAGCCCGAUCUCAUCCUAGAGGAGGUUGACCCUCACUGGGAGGAGGACAUGCAUCAGGAGGGCAGCACCAGCCUGCAGGGCUCAGAGGCAGCUCCAGCUGCUGAAGAGGAGAACGAGGUGGUGGAGCAGAUGCCCAGGUGGGAACCAGAGAAGGCCCUGAAAAAAGUGAUUGUUUGGGAAGAUUACAGGCACAUGGUACAGAAUCCCAAAGUUGGUCUGUGUUGGUGCUGGCGGGGAAGAGCGCCACCUACCCUGCCUCUCCCAUCUCUGUGUUCCUCAUUGCAGUCCCCAGGGUCCUGCCUCUGCCUGAGACCCCCUGGCCCCAGCACCAUGGCUAAACCAGGCCGGGAUAUGGAGCUAAAUCGCCUGGUCCAGGAACAGCAGCCUGGCCAUGUGGCCCCCAAACUCGCCCCCUCAAACCUGGUGGAGCAUCUCCCCAAUGUGCCCAGCUACCGCCCUCCAAUCACCCGCAUCCCUGUCCUCAUCUCCCGGAGGACAGCCUUGUCCAACUCCAGCUUCGCCAAGGAGACCAGGAGCUCCAUUCGUCUCCUAGUGCCCGCCACGGAGGAGCACCCAGAAGUUCAGGUGGAGGAUGCUGAUGCUGACAGCUGCCCCCUCAUCGCCGAGGAGAACCCACCCUCACCCGUGCUGCCGCCCCCUUCUCCUGCCAUAUCCGACACCCUCGUGGUCCCAGGAUCGGCCACAGGGAGCCUCAGGAAGAGGCUGCCCUCCCAAGAUGAUGAGGCUGAAGAGCUCAGGGUGCUGUCACCAGCUGUAUCCCCUGUGGUCGCCUGGUCGGACCCUACCAGCCCACAGGGCACUGAUGACCAGGACCGUGCGGCCUCCACGGCCAGCCAGAACAGCGCCAUCAUCAAUGACCGGCUCCAGGAACUGGUGAAGCUUUUCAAGGAGCGAACGGAGAAGGUGAAGGAGAAGCUCAUCGACCCUGACGUCACCUCCGACGAGGAGAGCCCCAAGCCCUCCCCAGCUAAAAAAGCCCCAGAGCCAGCUCCGGACGUGAAGCCCGCUGAAGCAGGGCAGGUGGAGGAGGAGCACUACUGCGACAUGCUCUGCUGCAAGUUCAAACGCCGCCCCUGGAAGAAGUACCGGUUUCCCCAGAGCAUCGACCCGCUGACCAACCUGAUGUACAUCCUGUGGCUGUUCUUCGUGGUGCUGGCCUGGAACUGGAACUGUUGGCUGAUUCCCGUGCGCUGGGCCUUCCCCUACCAGACGCCGGACAACAUCCACCUCUGGCUGCUGAUGGAUUACCUGUGCGACCUCAUCUACCUCCUGGACAUCACUGUGUUCCAGUUGCGCCUGCAGUUUGUCCGAGGCGGGGACGUCAUUACGGACAAAAAGGAGAUGCGCAACAAUUACCUGAAAUCUCAGCGCUUUAAGAUGGACAUGCUCUGCCUCCUGCCCUUGGACUUUCUCUACUUGAAAUUCGGUGUGAAUCCCCUCCUGCGCUUGCCCCGCUGUUUGAAGUACAUGGCCUUCUUCGAGUUUAACAACCGCCUGGAAUCCGUCCUCAGCAAAGCCUACAUUUACAGGGUUAUCAGGACCACAGCCUAUUUGCUCUACAGUUUACAUUUGAACUCAUGUCUGUAUUACUGGGCAUCGGCCUAUGAGGGCCUCGGCUCUACUCACUGGGUUUAUGAUGGCGUGGGAAACAGUUACAUUCGCUGUUACUACUGGGCUGUGAAGACCCUCAUCACCAUUGGCGGCCUGCCCGACCCCAGGACACUCUUUGAAAUUGUCUUCCAGGGUCUGAACUAUUUCACGGGCGUCUUCGCUUUCUCCGUGAUGAUUGGACAGAUGAGAGACGUGGUGGGGGCCGCCACCGCGGGACAGACCUACUACCGCAGCUGUAUGGACAGCACAGUCAAGUACAUGAACUUCUACAAGAUCCCCAGGUCCGUGCAGAACCGUGUCAAGACCUGGUACGAGUACACCUGGCACUCCCAAGGCAUACUGGAUGAGUCAGAGCUGAUGGUGCAGCUUCCAGACAAGAUGCGGCUGGACCUCGCCAUCGACGUGAACUAUGACAUCGUCAGCAAAGUGGCGCUCUUCCAGGGCUGCGACCGGCAGAUGAUCUUCGACAUGCUGAAGAGGCUCCGCUCGGUCGUCUACCUGCCCAACGACUACGUGUGUAAGAAGGGGGAGAUAGGCCGGGAGAUGUACAUCAUCCAGGCGGGGCAGGUGCAGGUCUUGGGUGGCCCAGAUGGGAAGGCUGUGCUGGUGACGCUGAAAGCUGGAUCUGUGUUUGGAGAAAUAAGCUUGCUGGCUGUUGGGGGCGGGAACCGGCGCACGGCUAACGUGGUGGCCCACGGGUUUACCAACCUCUUCAUUCUGGAUAAGAAGGACUUGAAUGAAAUUUUGGUGCAUUACCCCGAGUCUCAGAAGUUGCUCCGGAAGAAGGCCAGGCGAAUGCUGAGAAAUAACAACAAGCCCAAGGAGAAGAGCGUGCUCAUCCUUCCUCCGAGGGCGGGCACCCCCAAGCUCUUCAGUGCCGCCCUGGCCGCAGCAGGAAAGAUGGGCGCCAAGGGGGCCAAAGGCGGCAAGCUUGCCCACCUCAGGGCUCGACUCAAGGAGCUGGCUGCGCUGGAGGCAGCUGCACGACAGCAGCGGUUGCUGGAACAGGCCAAGAGCUCUGAAGACCCCAUGGGAGAGGGGGGCUCGGUCGCCCCAGAACAGCCUGCACCCUCGGACCCUCCAGCCCUGCGCUCUCCGCCACCUGCCCCCCAGAGGAGGCCCGACAGAGACGGGGAGGGGGCAGCCCAGUCCGAGGAGCACUCAGUGCGGAUCCACAUGAGCCCAGGUCCAGACCCCAGCGAGCAGGUCCUGUCAGUGGAGAUCCCGGAGAAGAAGGAGGACGAGGAGGAGAAGGAGGAGGAGGAGGAGGAGAAGGAGGAGGAGGAGGAGGAGAAGGAGGAGAAGAAGGAGGAGGAGGAGGAGAAGGAGGAAUGAGCUGGUCAACAGCGGCCAGCCACAGGCAGGUGCAUGCGCCCUGCACACCCCCUCGCGACCUCGUGCCCCCCGCCCCUCACGCUCCCCCGCCCCCAGGCCAAGGCUCUGAUCCGCAGCAGUGACGACCUCAGUCACUCUCAGUUAACUGCUCGGCCAGUGUUCCUGCCUUGACAUCAGCUUCUCCCUGGGGCUGGUGUUGAAAUCAGCAGACUUCCCAGUGUUUGUGCCCCAAAGUUCCCACUGUGAGUAGAGAAUCCUACCUCCCCCCACCUGUUAUUAUUUUUAAGAACAAAAUAUUUUACUCUGGGGCUUCAACGCAUGGGAAGCCUUGUGGGAGAAGUAAACGGUUGUUGAAUUUGGGGUUUUCCCUUGGCUUUGUCUUCCCAUUCCUGGCAGAAGGGAAGGCAGUUAUGCUGCUCCUUUGGCUAAGUGGGAAUUACAGCACGUCUGACCCCUGGCCCGAUGCUGUUUUUCUUUGCUGGGCAGUCACGUUAAGACUGUGAUGCUCCUUAGGACAGUCAGCACUUAUCUUCCUCAGACUGUAUUCAGUUCCCAGUGAUGCUGUUACCCCAGGAUAGAUAAAAUGGAAAUGGCUUACUGGCAAGGGGCUGUGAGUGUUUCUGAGCAUCCUCUCUGCCAGUUACCCAAUCCUCCUCAGCAGGGAUUAAUCUAUCACUUGCUCUGGACACCCUUGCUGUAGAGAUGAUGUUAGCAACUUCGAUUAAGCCUGAAAUGUGGAAUCUCAUGGCUGACACCACUGAAAUUCCUGAGGUUUCUCAUCAAGUUGUGUUGCUUUUAUGAAUUUAAAAAAAAAAGGAAAAAGAGUCAUUCAGUCAAGUGAAUAUUCAUGGAGAUAAUAUUUGCAUACUGAAUAGCUCUUGGGGGAAUGAGUGACUAAAAACAAAAACUAAUGUUGGGCCAUUUGUUUCCAUCAGCAACGGUUCACACCAAAGACAGCAUUCUGAUGGGUCCUGCUCAUUUCAUAUAAAAUUACAGGAACCUUGUGAACUACUGAAGGAGCCUUUGAAGGCUGGCAAAGUUGUGUUUUUAUCCAUCCAACUAAAAGGAGAAUCUUCAUUUCCCCUGUGAAAAGAAGUAAACAAUAUGGGAAUUCUCAGGCUGGUCUAAGCAUUUCCAAAUCCCAGGGUAACAGAUUCAUCUGAGUAAUCAUUAUAUUGAAUAUAGUGAUGGGCAAUUUAUGUUACCCUUUUUAAAAGCUUUUAUUAAUUUACUUUUAAAAGUAAUAACAUAUUUACACGUGUACAGAAGGUUAGCCAGUAAAAAUUCUCCCUCCUACCCCAGAUGCCCAACCUCCCUGCUCCCCUUCCUGGAAGCAACCACUAUGAUCAGUUUCUUGUUUAUUUUUUCAGAGGUUUUUUAAGCUUACACAAGGAAAUAGGUAAAUUCAUUCUUGUUUCUUUUCUUUUUUUUUUUUCUUUCCACAAUUGGUAACCUACUGAAGCCGUUGUUAUUUUUCACUUGAUUUAUUUUGGAGAUUGAUCCCUAUCAGCACAUAAAGGGUCUGCUUAUUUUUUCAAGACUGCAGUCUAGUCCUUUGUAUGGAUGUACUGUAACGUUUAACCACCCUCCCAUUGAUAAGCAUUUUCAGUCUUACACUGUGAAAAAUAAUACUGCAAUUAAAAAAUCUUAUACAGAGGUCAUUUCACUGGUAAACACUGUUUUUAAAUAAGGGAAGUCAGGAGGUUUUGGCUAAUUUUUUCUUUACCACCCCGAUUCCUCAUUUUCAUAUUUGUGCUGUAUGUUCCGCAACCCAAGGACAGAACAUGGAAAGCACAGAAAUCCAUGCUUUCAUCUUUAGCGAGUAUUUCAGAUGCAUCAAUAAAGCAAACGUAUUACCCUUCAGUAGAUGUUGAAAUGUUUCAAGGACACCUUCACUGUGAGCUCCUAGUUAAUAAGGAAUCUUUUUUAUAUAAAUGUACUUAUUCUUUUAGAUCUCAACUCUUGAAUGUAUACUGCUUAUUAUAUAAAGUGAGAGAAUCUUGAGAUUCCCCAGAACUGUCCUGGAAAGAAAAUUGAUUUUGAAAUGAGAUCAGUGGUGUCUUUCUUUCACUGAGAAAUCUCAUAAAACUUGACACGUUCACAGACUUUGGACAUGAGAUAAAUCGAAUUUGAGGCUGACGUUGUUCUUCAGAUAGAACAGUCCUGGUUGAUCGCCAAGAUCUGGAUGGUACAGCUCAGGAUUACCGUCAUUCUGUAGCUGAAACAGGACUCUUACCUUAUGUGUGUUGAAUCUCUCCUGAUUUAAAAUGUCGCAACAUUUCCUGCACUUUGGUAGAAGAUGAGUAGUAAGCUAUUUUUUUUAACUGCAUAAAUAUUGUAAAUAAUAUUAAAAACCAAGAAGCUGUUUAAAAUUUCAUUAUCAAAAUGUAUUCAGCUACCUGGAAUAUUUUCAUCUGUUUUCUUAGCAAACGUGAAUACCGUAUUUAUGCUCUGGCUUUCACCCUAUUG